CAGAGAACGAUUCAUCAAUCAGAUGUCUCAGUGCUUCAGAAAUGCGUUUGUUUGAUCACUGUUAUCCUGAAUUUACAGCAGACAGCUGAAUUCUGCCUUACGACGUACACCCUGGAUUGCUCAUCUACCUCUCUUCUACAUCAUGUCUACGACUGCCUGGGCUCCAGAGGCGUUUGCUUGCCCCAUAUGCUUGGACAUCCUGAAGGACCCUGCUACUCUUCCUUGUGGGCACAGUUACUGCCUGCUCUGUAUCCAGAAGCACUGGGAUCGGACAGCGACUAAGAGCUCUUAUGAAUGUCCUCAAUGCAGACAGCAAUUCAACCCAAGACCCGUCCUGGCCAGAAGCAAUGUGCUUAUGGAAGCUCUGGAGAAGCUGAGACUAAGUAGGCAGGACGGCCCAGACUCGUCAGUCUCUGUGCAUCCAGAAGCGCCAUCCUCUUCCGAUCAAGCGGGAUCUUCAGUAGCUCCUGCGUCUCAGACCGGACUGUAUCCCACUCUGCCCUCCAGCUCCCCGCAGCUCUGCCCGCUCCAUCAGCAGGUGCUGGAACUGUACUGCUGUGAUGACAAACAAUGCAUAUGUGACGAGUGUAGCUUUACAGGACACAAAGGCCAUCAGGUGGUCCGUCCAGAUGAGGAACAACAAAAGAUUCAGCAAGAGCUGAUAAAUAUGAGUGCUCGGAUACAGGGGAUCAUUGCAGAGAGAGAAAAGCUUCUUCAGAGCCUUCCUCAGGUUUCUCAAGCGAACAAGAGUUCACUGCAGCAGCUGCUGGUGGACAGUCAGGCGGUGUGUGCGGAUGUGUUGAGGAGCGUUGAGCUCAGUCACUCUCAGGUGCUCGAGCUUCUUCAGACACAAGAGAAAUCAGCCAGCGGCCGCAUCGAGACCCAAACCUACAGACUCCAGCAGGAGAUCAUCAACCUACACAAGAAACAAGAGGAGCUGAAGAGACUGGACAGCAUUCAGGAUCCCAUUACAUUUCUGAAUACAUUCAUGGCUGUGGAUUCUAAGGAUCAGACUGAAAAUGCAGUGAUGGGGAUCUGGAGUCCAGAGUCAGUGAUAUCAGGGGUCAGAUUGUGUCUGGACGCUUACAGAGAGGCCGCGCAAAAUCUUAUUAAAACCAACCUGGCCAGCAUUUUUAGAGUGGUCAAUGAUGCGGCUGCACAGGCACAUUCAUCCGGUCAGUCGUGUGAUGGAGGUCUCAUCUCCAGCAAUCCACAGCCGCCAUCACAAAUCACAGAAGUAAAGUCGGACUCUACGACUCCACAACAAAAUACUUCUACAAAACCGGACGUUAAACCUAAAGUCCAAGCUGCUUCUACUGCAACACAAGAACAUCACAGGAAACAAGCUAGUCCCUCUGCCAAUCCAGUGGAGGCAUCAGCAUCCUGUCGUGUGGCAAAUCCAGCUCCUAAAACCAGAGAGGAAAUGCUAAAAUUCCGCAUCGAGCCCACACUGGAUCACAAUAGUGCUUUCCGUCACAUUCGUCUGUCUGAUGGAUAUCGCAAGGCGACUCUCUGCACAGAAAAACUGAAUUAUCCGGAUCAUCCCGACCGUUUUGAGUACUGGCGGCAGGUGAUGUGUGUGGAGCCGCUGGCUGGGAGCCCGUACUACUGGGAGGUCGAGUGGACGGGACAGAGGAUGACGAUUGGCGUGGCAUAUAAGGACAUGAAGCGCUCUGCGUCUGACGACAGCGCCAGAUUGGGUCACAACACGCAGUCCUGGAGUCUCUACUGGUCGGGCAAGGCCUUCUCCAUGUGGCAUGAUGGGAAGGAAACCACACUGGUCGGUCCCAAAGCCAAACGCGUCGGGGUUUAUCUGGACCAGCAAACUGGUGUGCUGGCAUUUUACAGAGUCUCACAUAAUCAGGCUCAUGAAAUAUGCUGCGUUCACACGCAUUUCGACAGACCUCUCUUUCCCAGUUUCCGCUUCUGGACGGGAGUCGGAUCCUCCAUCACUAUCUGUGAGCUCAGCUAAAGAACAAAGAAUGACUGUGAGAAAUGCAUGUCUAGAGACUGCAGGAAAUGACCACAAAAGAUUAAGAAUGUCAGCUGUUAAAUAUAUGCCUGUUUAGCAAUUAAUAUGUUUACAACUUUCAAAUGAAAAUAAAUGAAUACUAAUGCAUCGUAAGUGUGUCUGUGAUAUGCACAGUUAUCUGAUUAAGCCCAGUUAUCUUAAGUGUACAGCUAUCUGUAAAGUUUGUCCUGGCAGCAAGAGCAAUGAGGUCUAUAAAUACUUGGAGAAAGCUCUCUGUCAGCAAGUUGCCAGAGUUCCCAAGUGUCCCAGAAAACCUGGAAUUUUAAAAUGUUUUCCAGUCCUUGAAAAGGCAUCAGAAAUGAGAAAAUAAAUAAAGCUUAAUGCGCCAACUGAGCGAACCGAGACAGACACCGAUGAAGCAGCACUUCCCUUCUGUUAAUAUGUCAUAUGUCUGUUCAUACUGUAUGUCUGCUUAUGCAUGAGUGUUUUGAAUUUGUACUUGUAUGAGCUUAAGAGCAAGUCGAUCCAUUACUGAGCACAAACCCCUAUCUUACUUUGGAAUUAUAAAAUAAUGAAAGUAAAAACCUCUCUGAGUUUGUCCUCACUGGAACUGCUCCUACAGUGAUCAUUUUGUAAAAGAGAGGACAUUUCUGCCCUAGCACUUGAGUUGAUCCUCUAUUUUCCUCUACAGAUGCUGUUGAAAAGACAGGCUUUCACUGCAAACCUAAAACAUGUGACCCUAGGUUAUAGUCAUGAGAACCCAAGCCUCCUGAUGAAGAGCAAGGAUGUUCUGCUGAACCAAUUCCACAGAUGGAGUUCUAAUGCUAUCUAGUGGACAGAGGGAAACCAGAUGAGAUCUGUGUAGCUCUGUGUACCUCCUGAUUCUUUAUAGGGUAGAGUGGUGGGAAAGGCCCAACCCUACUGUUUUUCCCAAAAUAACCACAAGAUGAAAUCAAGAUACAUUUUUUUUAUUGUAACUAUGGACUAGGUUGAGUGAUGCAGAAGCAUUUUACCCCACCCAUGCGGGUGUUUUUUCAUACUUUGUUUAUAAUUUAUGUCACUGUUACUAAAACUACGAUAACUUUUCUGAACACAUGAACUUUUGUUUCACAGAAAAAAAAAAAUGACACAGUCCUACCCUAAUAAUGUGUGUUUAUUUUUUCUCUGCGCUCUGGUUUUUGAGCCUGUAGGAGCUGAAGUGCUUUGUGACAACACAUUCAGGAACUUGUGUUUUAAUUUCUCAAACAAGCUGACCUUCACUAAACUUUGAGCACUGGAUCGUGUAAAAAGAAGAAGAAAGAUGCAUAUUUUUGUUAUUUAAAUGGCAAUUUCAAGACCCUUUUAACCCAGUAGCAGGUCUACCCCACAACUAACCAACUAAAUGAAUAA